AUGAUCCUCUCCACCCAAAUAUCACGGCUCGACGGCCUCAACCUCUGCGCCUCCGUCGACGACUCCCCCGAGCCCCCGGCCCUCACGUCCCUCAAGUCGCAGGUGCGCCAGAUCCUGCGCACCCUGACGCGCAACUCCACGCCUCAGGCGUCCAUCGAAUCCCCCCCCCACGCAAUCCACUACCUCAUCGACAGCGACGUCGUCUUCCUCUGCAUCUGCGACGCCAGCUACCCGCGGAAGCUGGCCUUCACGUACCUCGCAGACCUGUCGCGCGAGUUCCUCACCACACACCAGCCGCAGCAGCUGCACUCCCCCUCCCUGCGUCCGUAUGCCUUCAUGGACUUUGACAGCUUCAUCACCAAGACCAUGGCCACGUACGCGGACGCCAGGGCCGCGCAGAACCUGGACAAGGUGAAUGACGAGCUGAGGGAUGUGACCAAGGUCAUGACCAAAAACAUCGAGGAUCUGCUGUAUCGAGGGGACAGCCUGGACAGGAUGGGCGAGAUCAGUAGUCGCCUGAGAGAUGACAGCAAGAGGUACAGGAGGGCCGCGGUGAAGAUCAACUGGGACUUGCUGAUGAAGCAGUACGGGCCGUUUGCUGGGCUGGGACUCUUUGUCUUGCUCUUUAUAUGGAUGAGGUUCUUCUAA